AUGAAAAAAGAAAUUGGCGACAGGAGAGGAGAAGCAACAAGUUACGGAGACCUUGGAACAUUGUUCCAAUCGCUUGGUCAAUAUGACAGGGCCCAAGAUUGUAAGGAGAAAGCACUAGCUAUGCAAAAAGAAAUUGACGACAGGAAGGGAGAGGCAAUAAGCUACGGAAAUCUAGGAGCAUUGUUUCAAUCGAUUGGUCAAUAUGACAAGGCCCGAAAAUAUCAGGAGAAAGCCCUCGCUAUGAAGAAAGAAAUUGGCAACAGAAAUGGAGAAGCAACAAGCUACGGACAUUUAGGAGCCCGAAAAUAUAAGGAGAAAGCACUCGCUCUCCAAAUAGAAAUUGGCGACAGGAGUGGAGAAGUAACAAGUUACCAAGGACUUGGAACAUUGUUCCAAUUGCUCGGUCAAUAUGAUGAGGCUAAAGUUUAUAUGGAGUUAGCUUUGGGUAUGAAUAACAAAAUUGGUGACAAGAACGGAGUGGCAACAAGCUACGGAGACCUUGCAGGUUUGUUUCUCUCGCUCGGCAAGUUUGCAAGGGCUGACGACUAUCUAAAGAUGGCUAUGGCAAUAAGAGUGGGUAUCGGUAAUAGAAGGGGAGAGGCAGCGGAUUACGGACAUCUGGGGAUCAUUUCACUUCGGCGUGGUCUAUACGACAAAGCGCAAGAAUGUCAGGAGAAAGCCCUUGCAAUUCACAUAGAAAUCGGUGACAGACAAGGAGAAAUAGUGGACUACUUAAACUUAGGAUGUCUAUCGGUGUUAGAGGUGUCACAGUCGCAUCUUGAAGAAGCUUCUUCGUAUCUUUGUCAAAGCAUCGAGAAAUUCGACACUUUACGAGGUUCUCUUAAAGACAGUGAUCAAUUUCAAAUAUCCUUGUUAGAGGAGCACGGCGCCUUUCCCUACCAGUUGUUGAGUAGGUUGCUUUCUUCCACCAGAAAGUCACAAGAAGCUCUGUACGUGGAAGAGCUGAGACGGGCAAGAGGCCUAGCCGACUUGAUGACCGCUCGAUACUCUGUUCAAGAGCAGAUUUCUGGCAAUCCACAAUCUUGGCAUGGCAUUCAAGAGAUUAUCAGAAGAGAAGUAGACUGCGCAUGCUUGUACAUUUCGGUUGGUAAAAAUGAUGUACGGUUUUGGAUUCUCAAAGGAAUGGGAGAUGUUCAUUUUACAGAAAAGACGGUGAGCCUUGAAGCAAACGUUGUGACCGGAUUAGUCCCUGAUUUAGAUGAGUUUUUCAAAGAGAGCUUCCGCAGCCUUGCCAUUCUACCAGAACAGAAUUGCGAGGAUCGAUCUCUGGAUGAUAUCGAACUGAUGCCUCAUCACUACGACAACCGCACAGUCCUGCGUGACCAUGAUGCUGAGGAUUUCAAAACAAAUCUUCACUUGUGUUAUAAGAUAAUCUUCGCUCCUGUGGCUAGUUUACUGAAGCAGCCUGAAAUCAUUAUUGUCCCUGACUCCUGUAUGUACCAAGUGCCAUUUGCAGCCUUGGCUGACGAAGGAGGCAAAUAUUUAUCAGAGACUUGCAGGAUUCGGAUGGUUCCCUCUCUGACGACUCUCAAGUGUGUUCAAAACAGUCCUCCAGACUAUCACAGUCAGACAGGAGCACUGAUAGUUGGUGACCCUGAGGUUGGAGCCGUAAUUUACAAGGAAAGGCGCACAACCAUGACACCAUUGCUGUGUGCAAGGAAAGAAGCAGAAAUGAUUGGAAGACUCCUUGGCGUAACGCCUUUGAUUGGAGAUUCCGCGACAAAGCAUGCUGUACUCCAAGCGAUAAAUUCAGUGAGCCUGAUACACAUCGCUGCACAUGGUGAUGCCGAAAGAGGGGAGAUCGCUCUUUCUCCUGAGCACCCUACCCUACUCCCACCUUUUCCUCGAGAAGAAGAUUACCUUUUGACGAUGGCGGAUAUUUCAAAAACUCGGCUGCGAGCUAAACUUGUGGUGCUUAGUUGUUGCCACAGUGCUCGUGGACAGAUUAGAACCGAGGGAGUGAUUGGAAUCGCCCGAGCGUUCUUGGGAUCCGGUGCUCGCUCAGUGUUAGCGGCACGAUGGGCCCUGGACGACACAGCCACAGAGCAGUUCAUGACUUGUUUCUACAAACAUUUGUUCCGAGGUGAAAGUGCCUGUGAAUCCCUUCACAUGGCCAGAAAUUGGAUGCGUAAUAACGGCUAUGACAAAGUUUCUCAAUGGGCACCCUUUAUGCUCAUGGGCGACAACGUGACAUUUGAUUUUGCAACUUGGCCAGUGCCAACCCCCCCUUAAAAGCUUGAGGCGAAAGGAACUGACCUAGCAAAGCUCGUAAUUGUAAGUUAAUUGCUAGCGAUCUGCGAAGGACAACUCGGAUCGAUACAUAUAGAAAUGCAUUUCUGUAAACAGCUUAUUGAACUUCGAAGUUUAAUAAUCCGAGACAAAACAGUGUAUAGUGUACUCUUCAUAAGAGUUUAGACUUUAAAAAAACUUAAGAGCCAUUCUUUUUAAGUCAUUAGUUCAGCAGGCAAGCCAAGCAAAUUGUGACUAAUGCGAUUAGUUUGUCAAGCAAAGGAAAUUUUAAUAGUGUUUUUCAAAGGUACAUCUAUCAGACAUGAGUAUUACGAGUAAGAAUCAAAGUGGCUGUGAGUCACUGAAGUCAGUAAAUGAUAAUGAAAGGCUGGGAGUGGACUCAUUUACAUUGAUUCAUAGCUCAGGGGAUCCACUUCCAGGAAAAUUUUUACAGUACUUUUUUUAUACUUUCUUUUUUCUAAGCGUUCGAACACUGUUGUCUGAUAUAUAGAUUUAGCCAAGCCUAAAA